AUGUCGUCAGUUAUUAAGUCGUGGGCCGAUGCCGAGGAUGAAAUUCCGCAACCAGAAGUCACCACAAAUCCAGAUGGUACCAAAACAGUCAUCUCAUACAGAUUAAAUACCAAGGGACAGAAGGUUAAAAUAACCCAAAAGAUCAAAGAAGUCAAAGUACAAGAAAGAGUCCAUCCCCUGAUUGCUAUUCGUAAAAACUGGAGUAAAUAUGGUAAAGAAAAGAACACGCCACCGGGCCCAGACACAAGAACUACUCAAUUAGGAGAAAUAGUAGAGUUGAAUUUGGGUACCUCUUGGAAGGAAGUUGAAAAGCAAGAAGAAGAAGCUCAAGAAGAAAAGAAAUUACAGAACGUUCAAAGAAUCAAAUGUAGAAUUUGUGGAGGUGAACAUUUCACAUCCAAGUGUCCAUUUAAGGAUACUUUGGGAGCCGAAGCUGCAGCCAAUGAGUUGGCCAACGCUGAAGCUGCUGCUGCACAAGAUGGUGGCGAUGAUGGUUCAAUGCAAAACGGUAAGUAUGUUCCAAGACACAUGAGAAGAGAUGCCAGCGGUAACUUGCCAGUACAGCAAGGAAGAGACGACUCUACCACUUUAAGAGUAUCACAAUUGAACAAUAUUGUUGAUGAAGAUAUGUUAAGAAACGAAUUGUUUGCGAGAUACGGACCAUUGCAAAGAGUUACUGUGGUUAGAGAUAGGGACACUGGAGAUUCCAGAGGUUUUGCAUACGUUGCCUUUGCCUCCGAGGGUUUGGCCGAACAAGCAUUGAACGAGUUGAACGGAAAGGGUUACCAUUCUUUGAUUUUACACUUGGAAUGGUCUAAGAAGAAGAAAUAA